AAAUCAAAACACAAACAAAUGCUUAUCACGUGAUUGGUAUCACGUUUUUUCAUUUUUUUAAUUUUUUCCCAAUAAAUUCAGAAUUAAUUAUUCAAUUAAAAAAUGCCUUUAAUUGUGAUAUGUGGAAAACCUUUGACAGGAAAAUCGACAACUGCAAAAACAUUAGAAUCAUUUUUUGGUGAAAAAUGUUGUUUAGUAGUUGUUAGUGAUGAAGAGAAAUUAUGCGAUCAAGGAUUGGAAACAAUUUAUCGUAAUGCCCAGAAAGAAAAAGAUCUACGUUCUUGGCUUAAAUCCGAAGUUCAACGUCAUCUUAGUUCACCAGAAACGCUAGUAAUCUUAGAUUCAACUAAUUACAUUAAAGGUUUUCGUUAUGAACUGUAUUGUCUUAGUAAACAAUUCCAACAUACAUUCGCACUAAUUGAAUGUUUACCACCAAUGGCAAAAUUGGAUGAAUAUGAACAAUUUAUUAAUGAACAUUUCAACCAAACACUCACUACUAUCGAACAGAACAGUCCGAUUCGGUGUUAUACCAAAGAGAUAUUCAAUGAAUUAUGUCAACGUUAUGAGCCACCUACAUCUUCGAAUCGUUGGGAAGAACCUUUGUUUCGGAUUGAAUUCAAAGCUCAACAAUUACCAUUGGAUGAAAUAAACCAAGCACUUUUUCAACGUACAAAAUUAAAACCCAAUCGAAGUACACAAUCAAUGCCGAUGACCACCGAUAAUUUUAUAAUGGAAUUGGAUAAUCAAACACAGUUGGUAGUGAAACAAAUUCAAACGGCAUUACAAUUGAAUCAGCUACGAGAAAUACGAAUCACCGGCACAGAUGUAACGGUGAAUCUAAAUCGAAAGAUUCCUAUAGCCGAAAUGAACCGAUUCCGGCGACAAUUUAUUAAUUAUGCCAAAUUGAAUCCAUUCAAUGAUAAAGAUCGUAUUAUAACAGCAUUUGUACAGUUUAUAAACAAUAGUUCAAAUAUCUAAUCAAAUAAAAAUUUUUAAAAAAUAUAA